GUUAUAGUCUUUUUUGUUUGAUAAGAUCUUUAAAGCCGGACAUAGAUUAGCCAAUCAAGAUCUCGUGCAAAAAAAAUUAAAUAAGUGAUACUAAAAUCGUCUUUUUGUUCAAUCGUAUGGAAUUAUUGUAAGACAGUAAAUAUGGCAGUGAGUGAAAAGAUCGAAAAAGGCGCCAAAAGUGAUUCGCCCAUAGCAACGCUGGAUGAGGCUAUGCUACUUACUGGGUUUGGUAUCUACAACAUCGCUCAUAUGCUCCUAAGUGGAUUGAUCCUCUUGGGUGUGAUUAUGCAAAGCUUGGCCAUGAGCUACGUGAUGCCGGCUGCGCAGUGUGAUCUGAAUCUCAGUCUACAGCAGAGAGGAUGGAUAUCUGCUAUUCCUUUCUUGGCUAUUAUCCUCACAUCGUACUUCUGGGGCUGGCUGGCUGACACCCGCGGCCGUCGGCUAGUCAUGCUUAUAUCUAUGAUCGUCUCGACUGUCUUCAUUGGAUUCGCCAGUUUUGCGCCUGAAGUUAUCUCCUUCGCUGUUUUAGCCUUUAUAUCGUCUAUAUUCAUGUCGGGCUCAUCUGCUGUUGUAUACACGUACUUGGGCGAGUUCACAAAUAUACGUCAUAGAGACAAGAUCGUCACGUUUGGUUCUGCGUUUGUAGGCAUCGGAACUGUUAUAAUACCAGCCAUGGCUUGGGCAAUAUUACCUAUGGAGUUUUCUUAUCCGCUACCACUCCUGAAUAUUGCGUACCGACCCUGGAGGCUCCUGGUUGUGGCGUGCGUUCUGCCUUUCAUCAUCAGCAUCGUGUUGCUGCUAUUCAUAGCACCUGAGAGCCCUAAGUUUCUCAGCUCUUCCGGAAAAACUGAAGAGUGUUUGGUUGUCCUGAGGAAAAUGUAUUCAAUAAAUAGAAGAAUGCCUGAAGACACCUACCCCGUUAAAACUUUAAUAUCCGAGGGAAACAAUGUAAAACAGGAAGAGAACUCUGGUAUAUCCGCAAUUCUAUCUUCCAUGAAGGAGCAGACUGUUCCGUUGUUCAAGCCGCCGUUCCUGCCAUGGACUUGCCUAACUUGCUUUGUACAAUUUGGUAUAUUUGCAACUACAAAUGGCUUCUACGUGUGGUUCCCGACGAUCCUGAAUGCUCUCGUGAACCACGAAGGCUCUCAAACGAGAAUUUGCGAUGUCUUAGACUCCGCUCGCAUUCCGUCUGGUCUUAAUAGCACUGAGGUUGAAUGCGACGAUAAUAUAAAUACGGCCACCUUCGAGAUGUCCGUCUACGUCGGACUAGUGUUCUGCUCUAUGUACAUCAUCGUUGGCUUUCUGGUGGACUUUUUGGGGAAAAAAGUAAUCCUCGUGGUACUGCUGGCCGCUACUGGAAUGUGCGGAUUGGGGGCCCCUCACGUCUACCACCAGACGAUCGCCGUAGCGCUCUUCGCGGUAUUCCAGAUGUGCGGAGCUUGUAUCGGACUCAUAAAUGCUGUAACUGUGGAAUUAUUCCCAACUAAAUACAGAGCGAUGGCAGUGUGUCUGUCCAUGAUGAUGGGUCGCGUCGGUUCUAUGGCGGGCACCAAUCUCAUCGGCCUGUUCCUGGAGACCAAUUGUAGCGUCAGUUUCUACCUCUUCGCAGGAGUUAUCAUGGUGUGCGCGUUAUUCUGCUUCACUCUGCCGGGUAAAAACAAAGGUCCAAUUCAAACCAAACCUAAGUUAGAGGCAACUCAAAAUGAAACUCAAGAACCUGUAUGAAGUCACAAAUGAAGUUUCUAUUUUGAAAUUAAUUUUCAAUUUGAAUAUCCUGGUACAGAGGCUGUGUUUAAAUAACAAUUUCAUUUAUUAUAACAAACUCAUGCACAAAUAUUUUAGUUUAGAAGUAAUAAUGUUUUAUUAAUGAAAAUAUUAUUUUACUUGGUUAAAGUAAUUAAAACAAAUAUAAUAAAUUAUAAUAAUAUCUUCCAGACCGAUUUCGGCCACAGUAGCCAAUCUCAAGUGAGAUUAGCCAAUUGUGGAGGAGAUAUUAUAGUGCACAAGUAUUAUAGUUGCAAAUACAUGUGCACGCUCUAUUCCCUAACUCUCAUAACCCGAUGGGACGACAAUCCGACACGAUCAGAAAAGUUCAGGCGUAGGAUCAACGGCUUUCCGUGCUUUCCGAGGCACGGAAGUGUACACACGUCCAACUUCUAGAGUCCGGGCUGCUUCUGAGAAUUUUCUGACAGAAAAACCCAAUAUGUUUUUACUGGUCAGGUCGGGCCAGUAAAAACAUAUUGGGUGCUCGGGGUCUACGGCCUUACAUCUAGCCACUAGACCAACGAGGCAGUAAAACAAAUAUGUAUGCUCGAAGACUACAAUGAAAAAAAAAAUAUAAAUAUUUUAGGGCACUCAUUAUAUUCAUUAACAUAUUUUAGAAAUUUAAAAGUAAUUUAGGUUUUAACUUUUAAUUUAUUAUUAUUACUAAUUUAUCGCCAUUAUUGUUUUCGACAUUAAAGGAACAAGUACAAUAUUCAAUUUUUUCAUUUAAUCGAAUUAAAUUAAUUUAAAUUUAUAUCGAAUUUGUUUCUCGAACGCCGAAGACUCACUCGAACAACACUAUCUUUUGCUUUCAUAUUAUUUAUUAUAGGUUACAGAAACUGUGAUAUACUUGUGUUAAUAAUAAGUUGUAAAAUAUUUUAUAUUUAAUUAAUUCUUAUUUUAAUUAUUACAAAUAAAUGGUU